AUGUCGUCGGCACACGUAGCUGCUUCAUGCUGUCCAUUCGCAUCUUCUGGAUGGAUCGGCUUUAUCACUGCACACUGCGUUCAGUCGCCUAAAGGAGAUCUUCAACACUCCGCACUAUGUCGAGCGACGGGUCGACCAGAGUGUCGUCGAGAUCGUCAUCGCGAGGAUCACUGCCGCCAUCAGGUGUCCAAAUUCCCGGCUGCCGGUGGAAAAUCGGAGCACAUUCUGGUCAAUCUGGGCGACACACAUCUACCUGUCAAGGUGCGAUGCAGUAAUGACAGUCUUUAUCGCGUAACGCCAGUUUAUCAAGUCGUCGAAACUGGACAAUGCAAGAGUCUGGUGUCCAAAUUCCCGGCUGCCGGUGGAAAAUCGGAGCACAUUCUGGUCAAUCUGGGCGACACACAUCUACCUGUCAAGGGGCGAUGCAGUAAUGACAGUCUUUAUCGCGUAACGCCAGUUUAUCAAGUCGUCGAAACUGGACAAUGCAAGAGUCUGGUAGUAACGCGAAGUGUCGGUGCUCCUGGCCUAGACCGAUUAACUAUUCCAUAUUUACCGACUACUGACAUAAACUGCAACAUAAUCGAAAUCUUCAACAACGCAUUCAAGAGCAGAAUGAAAAUAAACGCGCUGAAACUGAUUCUUAAGAUGAAGGGGGAGACGAACUUUUCGGAUGAUGCAACAUACAUGUGA